ACAAAGACAGAUCUCUACUACAGAGCAACAACCAGCCAGAGAGAAACAUUUAUAUUUAGAUAUUUUUUUAAAUUUUUUUUUCGUAGCUGUUUGGCAUUUUUUGUUGUUGCUCAUGGCCAAAGCGUUUUUCCGCAGCGAGGAAAUGGAGCUGUGCCAGCUGCUGCUCCACACGGAGAACGCCUUCGACUGCGUCAUGGAGCUGGGGCACCACGGGGGCCUGCAGUUCAACAACGUUUACGAUGAGGAUCGCCAGAUGAACGGAAUGUACACCAAGAAGGUGACGCUGUGCAGCGAGCUGCUCCGCAUUGCGGACAAUCUGCAGCAUCAGAUGGCGGAGCUGCAGAUCAAGGUGUACUUCUAUCCGGAUGUGGACUGGGAGAAUCGGCUGAUCGAGAGGGAUCUGAAGGAGUACGGCGAGCGGCUGCGGCGGCUGCAUGUGGAGACAACGGCCGUCAUGGAGCAUUACAAUGCCCUGGAUCGUCGCCGAUAUUGGAUGCUUGAGCAUCGAUUUGCCAUCGGCAAGGCCGACAAGUUCUUUGCCUCCGACAUGGGCAGCGAGCUGCUCUACUCGGAGAGCACGCUCCUGACGCUGAUCAAGGAUGCGGCCGAGGACAGUCCGGCGCAUCGACAGCUGAACUACAUCAUCGGCAGCAUACGGGCGGAUAAGUUCGAGAGCUUCGAGCUGCUGUGCUACCGGCUGUUCGGCUUCAAUCUGGUGGUACGCUUCGCGGAGAUGCCCAUGCCGAUGAUGGACUUCCAUGGCCACCGGUCGGAGAAGGUGCGCAAGUUCUCGCUGCUGCUGCUCACCAAUUCGACGAUGAUCUGGCCAAAGGUCAACAAGCUCUGUCACGCCUACCAUGUGACCAUCUACGAGUGCCCCGAAUCGACGACGCUGCGCAUGGCGAAGGUUCAGGAGUUGAGCGAGGAGAUAGAGAACUUGGAGCGCAUCCUGUACGAGUCGCAGCGCAUACGCGUGCAGAUCCUGGAGGUGACCGCCCGGGAUCUGUAUUUGGUGCGGGUGAAUCUAACCAAGGCCGUGCGGGUCUACGAUCUGCUGAAUCGCCUGCGACCGGUGGGGGGUCUGGAGCGUCAGAAGUAUCUGCAGGCCGAGUGCUUUGUGCCCGUCUCCGAUCUCGAGGGCGUUCGCACGGCCCUGAAGAAGGGAACGCGGAUAAAGGCCGGCGCGGAUAAGCCGGAACAGCAGCAGCAGCAGGAAGAGGAGAACCAGCAGCAGGAGCAGGACCAGCAACAGGAGGAGCUAGUGUCGGAUGCUGAUAAUGAGCCGUCAAUGCUGGGGCCCGCGAGACAAAGCACCGACGAGCAGUCCCUACCGCCCCUGCUGCUGAAGAAGAAUCGCCACUCCAGCCACAUUCCGCCCACCUUCUUUCGCCUGAAUAAGUUUACGCAGGGCUUCCAGAAUCUGAUCGACUCCUACGGCAUAUCGGACUACAGGGAGAUCAAUCCGGCACCCUACACCAUCAUCACGUUUCCGUUUCUGUUCUCUGUGAUGUUCGGGGACUUUGGCCACGGCAUACUGGUGACCCUUUUCGCCCUUCUGCUCAUCUGGAAGGAGAAGAGUAUCGCGGCGGGUCAGCGGGCCGCCAAGGAGGAGAACGAGAUACUCAACAUUCUGUUCGCCGGACGCUACAUUGUCCUGCUGAUGGGUCUGUUCUCCAUCUAUAUGGGUCUGAUCUACAACGAUGCGCUGUCCAAGUCCUUAAACAUUUUCGGAUCCAGCUGGAGCUGCCGCUACAAUGCCUCAACGCUGGACCACAUGACCGGGCAGCUGAAUCUGGAUCCAUCGAAUCGAUACUUCUACUCGGGUAAUCCCUAUCCCUUUGGCGUUGAUCCCGUGUGGAAAGUGUGCGGCGAGGACUCGAUAACCACCUUCAACUCGUUGAAAAUGAAGCUGGCCAUUAUUUUGGGCAUUGCCCAGAUGAUGUUCGGCCUCUCGCUGUCGGCCGUCAACUGUGUGAUCCUGAAGCGAAAGGCAGAUCUCCUGCUGGUGGUCGUGCCGCAGUUUGUCUUCAUGAUCUGCCUCUUCUGCUACCUGGUUUUCCUCAUUUUCCUCAAGUGGCUGCUGUAUGGGGGCUUGAAGUCAACGCCCUUCAACUCGGCCUGUGCCCCCUCCGUGCUGAUCACCUUCAUCGACAUGAUGCUGAUGAAGAACACAGAGCUGGACGAUGUCCAGUGCAACAGUGAGAUGUUCAAAGGUGAACGUUUGCUGGAGUAUAUCCUGGUGUUUGUUGCCUUCCUGGCGGUGCCCGUUCUGCUGGCCGGCAAGCCCAUCUAUCUGCAGCGGCGGCAAAAGAAGCUGAAGAAGCAGCGGCAGGAGCGUGACAUUCAGGAGCUGAAGCAGAACGGUCGCGAGAUCCUCAAGGAGAUGCGCUCCGCUCAGCGCUACUCCAUCGAUUCGCAGGAGGACACCGUCAACGAGAAGCGCGACUCCAAGCCGAAGGCCCACAGUGCCGACCAUGCCGAGGAGUUUGAUCUAUCCGAGAUCUGGAUACACUCGGGCAUACACACCAUAGAGACGGUGCUCGGCUCCGUCUCACACACCGCCUCGUAUCUGCGCCUGUGGGCCCUCUCCCUGGCCCACGAUCAGUUGUCGCAUGUGCUGUGGCACAUGGUCCUGGCCAAGGGUCUGAAAACUGAUGCCCCAAUCUAUAUGGCCGUGCCCAUGCUGGCCUUCUCCUUCCUGGCGUGGUCCGUGCUCACGGUGGCCAUUCUGGUGGGCAUGGAGGGCCUCUCCGCCUUCCUGCACACGCUCCGUCUCCACUGGGUGGAGUUUCAGUCCAAGUUCUACAGCGGCUCUGGCGAACCCUUUCGCCCCUUCAAGUUUGCGCCCUCCAGUCAAAGGACUUAGGUGGCUGCUCCCCCGUUUGCUCUUAAAUAUACGGCGUACAUAUUUAUUGUGUA